AUGAAGUGCAAGCGGUCCCGCCCGCAGGAGACGCCGCGGCGUGGCGGGGGGCCGGGGCGGGGCGGGCAGGAGCCGUCGCGCUCCUCCUCCUCCUCCUCGCGCUCCUCCUCCUCGGGGCGGCUGGCCUCCUCGCGUCGCUCCUACUCCUCCUCCUCGCGCUCCUCCUCCUCGCGGGGGGCGGAGGGGCGCAAGCACUACCCCGUCUUCACGGCGGAGUACGCCAGGCGGUACGGCGGCGGCAACUUCCCCUUCCUCUGCCUGGAUCCCGGCGGGCAGUCGACGCAGGUGCACUCCCCGCUGCUGCGCCUGAAGCAAUUGCCGCCAACGCCGUGGGUGCGGGACCGGCCGCGCUGGAUUUUGUACAACGAGUACGUGUUUCUGCGGGAGCUGGGCAAAGGCACCUACGCCAAGGUGGUCCUCUGCCGCUCCCUCCGCACCGGCGACUUCUGCGCGCUGAAGAUAUUUCGCAACGAGUCCUCCUACAAGAAGGCUUACUGGGACGAGGUGGGGGCGCUGCAGGCGCUGUGUCGCCCGCACCCGGAGGACGCGCAGCAGCAGCAGUACGAAGUCGGCCUCUGCGAGGCGAGUCAAACUAGCGGCGGCGGCGGCGGUGUCGUGGUGUCCGCUGCGACGGCCCGCUGCGAUGCGUUUGACGCGGCGGCGGUGUGCCAGGGGCGCGCGGGUCGCUUUAUUGUUCCCAUCGCCCACCUGCCGCACCCCGUGCACCACGCGAUUGUGCUGCCCCCGCUGGGACCCUCCCUGCUGGACCUGCUGCGGUGCAUCCGCGAGGUGUCGCUGCGGACGGAGGACGAGGCGGCCCCCGCGGCCCGGCAGCGGAGCCGGGCGAUGAACGGCGCCGAGACGGCGGGUGACGCUCUGCCGCAGCGCGGUGCCAUAGAAGUCCACUACAGGGGGCUGCCGCUCCCCCUUCUCCGCACGGUCCUGUACCAGAUCCUCCUCUUCCUGCGCCAUGCACACCGCCGCGGCAUCGUGCACACCGACCUCAAACCCGAAAACGUGCUCUUUGAGUCCAACGACACCCUCAUGACGCGGGUGUGCAUUAGGCGGCAUUGCUACAACAACACCGCCGCCACGUCGCCUGCGUUUCUUGACCCGGCGCAGCGCGGCGGGGUUGGUGGUGGCGCUGCCGCCUCUGCCUCACCCGCCUUUAACGCCGCGGCGAGGGCGGCGAGCGUGAGUGAGGCUGUGGUGAACGUUCAGCUGCCUGUGAUGAAUGCGGUGCGAGUCAUCGACGUUGGGGCCGCCGAAUUUCUCUCAAAUUGCCGCCAAGUGAGCGCCUUGGAUGGCGUGACGCCUGUCUUUUACCACCGCAUCCACACAACGCACUACCGCAGUGUAGAGGUGCUGCUUGGGCUCGGCUGGACGAGUUCCGCCGACCUGUGGUCGCUCGGCUGCAUGAUUCCAGAGUUGCUCACGGGGGAUUGUGUCUUUAUGCCGCGCGACGACCUGGAGCACCUCGCCCUCAUGCAGCACAUCGUGGGGCCCUUCGACGCCGCAGAGGGCGGCGCACAGGCGGCAGCGGCGGUCGUUGGCCGCGUGUUCGCCAAGGGGCGUCGCUUCGGGGACUAUUUUGACACGCGCACCAUGCAGCUGGCGUGGCCGCAGCCUUCCACGGCGGCGGCGUCGCAUCGCCGUCGGCGCAGCGCGUCGCUGGAGGACCUCCGCUACGUGGCGUCGCGGCCCACGCUGGAGGAGGUGCUCGGGCCCAUCCCGCUGCUGCACGACCUCUGCCGCCGAAUGCUCGACUACGACCCGCUGCGCCGCAUCACCGCGGCGGAGGCCCUCCACCACCCAUUCUUCACCGCGCCCGCGUAG